AUGUCCACCUGUCGUAACUUCAAGUGGAAAACGCCUGACUCCUUGAGCACUUGGAUGAAGAGAGCCUUGGAGGGGAUGGUACUGGUCAAUGCACCGCGUCAGUCCGCUGGAUAUUAUAUCGAGACCGCCUGGUCCAUCCGGUACGUCAUAAACCAGUAUCCUCAUGGCAUGUGCCCUGUGCUGGGAUAUCACAACCCAGGCAUAACCAACUUCGCAUGUCGAAUUACUAAGAGUCGAAAGAUCCCAAACGGCGAAGGGGGUGUUGACAACAUUGCGAUCUUGGAAGGAUACAUGUUGUGCGUGCCGGGCUUGGGAGAUACGAUGGGGGAUGACUUUGCACGAGGACACAAGUGA